AUGAAGCUACCUCAAGGAAAGUUUCCUGCACCUAAGAUCUACUGCGUGAGAAAAUUUUCGGAGUCCAAUCUACUCAAAGGAUAUAUCAUUAUGGAGUAUUUGGAAAACGUGAAAACUGUGCACAUUUAUGAAAAUAUUACUUUAGAAGCUAUGAGAGAAGUGCUACAUGCUUUGGCUGUUAUGGAAGCAAUGUCUCUAAGCUUUGAUAGUGAAGAGAAAAAUGAAAUAACAAAUAAAUUAUUUUCUGAACUUUAUGGGCAGAUGUUCACUGACUCUAGCAUCGCAAGUGGAAUGAAAAUGCUACGAAACUUUGGCGGUGAGGAGUUAUCGGAGAAAAUAGAUAAAUUAGAAAAUGUCCUACCUGAGAUUGGAGAUGUUGUUUGGGCUGACAAUUUGGCCGACGUAUUGGGCAUGCGGCGUGUUAUAUGUCAUGGAGAUUUAUGGUCAGGAAAUUUGCUUUGGCGGCAAAAUGGUAGCCACGAUUUGAAACUGGUGGCUAUGGUUGACUAUCAGGCAAGUUUACUUCUCAUUUUAUCUUUGCGCCUGUAUUAG